AAAAUUCACAUCGGGUCUUAGUUCAAGAGCGCCAUGUAAGUGUGCAAGAGCUUCCGACUUGGGAAAGAAUCGCACGCCAAUUGAUCAUUUUUACCCAGUCAAGAGCCACCCUGGACCAAAUCUUCGAUUCUCGGCUUCGCUUUCGAUAGCCUUUGAUUUCGCGUUGGGUUUUCGGUCGGCUUAUGCCAGUUGAGUGAAAAAAAAAAAUUCAAUAUUUCUCUCGAAGUGGUCAAAAUUCUGGUCGAAACAACUUGAAGUUUCUCGGGCAUUUUUUCUAAAUUUUUUUUUAAAAAAAAAAAAUCCAAGUGAUUUCAUUUUGGAAAAUUUCGUGGGGGUCAAAACAGUCGCUCGUCGAGACUUUCGUCGGCUGAACUUACGUCAUUAAAGUAAUUCGGGCGCUAUUUGAAUUCGUAAGAAGUUUCAUCCGUACUUUUUUUUUUUUUUUUAAAUAGCAAAUUCUAACAUUAAAAAGGAAAUUUAAUACCAGGACAAGUGUAGAUUUUGAAUCGCAAAUUAGUGCGCUGUCCUAAAUUUAGUUUCAGUUUUUUUUUUUUUGUGAAAAAACCGACGGAAACGGACGGUUUAUGGUAUUAUUUUUGUCGUGCGUCUUUGUAAAUUAUCUUCUGAUUUUUACGGUGACAAAAAGUUUACGAAUUGCUGGUCUGUCUGAGACGAAGAAAAAAAUUGGAUACGAUUCAAUUUGAGCCGGAAAAUGCGGGGCUUACUUCCGUUCUUUUGAUGAGCAGAGGACAAAAUGACGGCGGCGAAGAUGGUAGCAAUUACGAACGUGCGUCAUGCAGAGCAGUUUCUGCCUCAGAACUACUACAUCCCAGUUAAAAAAACUAGAGUUCACAGGACAGUGACUCGUCCUGCUCUGAAACAGCAAUCCGUAAUCCAGGAUGUGAUAGAUAAAUUAGUCAUUAUUUUUCAAAAAUACUGGAAUAAAUACUUCGCAUCAGAUAAGUUUUGCGCGGAGGCGGACCACAAUGAUAACGUCAGAUACGCCAUCCUCCCCGAGGAUAAGAAGGAGAGGGGUACCGCGCAAGUGCAUGUCAUACCUGCUGCUGUGUGUCUUCUCGGAUUUUACGUCAUGAUUCUUCUCGGUUUCAUCAACAGGUUCCUCUUCAAACCGAAACAUCACGAGGAGAGUGACCACAGGCUGGAUUAUCCUGGAGUGUUGUUGGAAGAAAAAGUUUUCCUAAUCUACAAUUACUACCUCAGACGUUUCAAAGACGUGUUUCACCGGCCAAUAUGUAGUGCACCAGGCUCGGAAAUCACGUUGAUGGAAACGUACAAUGACUUCUGGUCAACUUGCCAUGGAAACCUCAAGGGGACCACAUCUAGAUGCAUCAACUUAGGGUCUUUCAAUUACCUUGGCUUUGCCGAGACGGAUGGUCCUAAUAUCCGAGACUGCGAGAGAGCUGUGAAACAGUACGGAGUAUCCACUUGCAGUUCCGCAAAACAAUACGGGUUGACGCCGGUGCACCUGGAGCUGGAGAAGAUCACGGCUCGGUUCCUGCAGACGGAAGACGCUGCUGUGUUUGGCAUGGGCUUCGGCACCAACUUCUUCAACCUGCCCUGCAUCCUCUCCGAGGAGUCGGUUGUCUUCAGCGACCAGAAGAACCACGCCUCCCUAGUCCUCAGCAUCCGUGUCUCUAAUGCCUCCUGCAUUGUCUUUAAACAUGACGACAUUGAUGACCUCGAGAAGAAAAUCAGGAGAGCCAUUGUUGAUGGACAGCCAAAGACUGGUAAACCGUGGAGGAAAAUGUACGUCGUUGUUGAGGGCAUCUACAGCAUGGACGGUACCAUUGUAAAUUUGCCCGGAAUAAUAGCUUUGAAAGAAAAAUACAACUUUUACAUUUACAUAGAUGAGGCUCAUAGUAUAGGAGCUAUAGGACCCCGAGGCCGAGGUGUGGCCGAUUACUAUGGAAUCGACCCUAAAAAGGUUGAUCUCCUCAUGGGCACGUUUAGCAAGUCUUUCGCUGCGGGCGGAGGUUACAUAGCAGGUUCAAAGAAAAUAAUCGAACAUAUACGACGAGUUAGUCACGAUACUCAUUACUCUUUCUCGAUGCCUGUGCCAACAGCACGUUACAUUUCGUCGGUCAUGAAGAUUUUGAUGGAUCCAACAAACCCCGCAGGAGGGUUGCGACGGGUGCACCAGCUGCGGAUCAACACGAACUACUUUCGACGUCGGUUGAAGGAGCUGGGCCUGGUCGUGUUCGGGAGCGACGACUCGCCGGUGGUGCCGCUCAUCGUCUACUCCGUGAGCAAGCUCUACCUCCUCAACCAGCGGCUCCUCCAGAACAACAUCGCCGUCGUCAUGGUCGCCUUCCCGGUCACCUCCAGCCUCUCGCCGAGACUUCGCUUCUGCCUCUCCGCCCACCACACCAAGGAGCACUUAGACAAGAUCAUAAAUAUCAUCGAUGAAUCUGCAGACGAGCUGGGACUGAGAUAUAAUCCGAAAGCACGCGUAAAAAGGAGAAUACAUUACGAAAACGUAAUUGAAUUUUAAUCAUUGUGAUAAGUAUGUGAUGACCUCAGCGUACCAAUCCUUCUAACUUCAGAGCGGCCACUAUUCCAACCAUAACCUUUACGUACAUGGUAUUUUGAAACCGCUUACUGAACUGGUGAACGCUCAAAAAAUAAAGAAGAAGACGAUGGCAGUCUUUAAGGCGCGUAAGCGUGUUAAAGUUCAGAGACAAAAUGCAAAAAUUUUUAGUGAAUCGGAUAACAAACCGACUUACGUUAAAAUUCAUUUUUGAAAUGAGUUGUUCUUUUCUCUCUAAGGAUUAAAUCUCUAAAAAAUUCAUUAAAAUUUUUUUCUUCACGAAAUUUUGAGAAAAUACUUUCAUUUCAAUUCAAAUUUGAUUUUUUGACUGUGCGUAAUGGGCUGUCUUUGGCCUCUCUUUGGCUGCACUUUUUAACCAACAUUUGAAAUUAAUAUUUUCCUCUGAAAAAAAUACGGGAAUAUCGUUCUUUGAAAUCUCUAUGACACUCUUCUGUUAUUAGAUGUGAAUGAAGUGUAUGAUAGCUUCUUGAGUAGUAUUUGUAUCCUAUUCAAACGCCCACGUGGGUUGUCUGAAACAAGUGAGCCAGCUUUGUAAUGUAAAUAUUUUGUAUAAUAAAUUUUUUUUUCACCAGUCAUGUACGUUACAUCGACUAACCUUUAA